AGCAGGGACCGGAGGGGCUGGGGCUCUUGCCCGGGCUGCAAGUGGAGUUCAACAGCCGAGGGGGACGAGGCGCGCAUCAAAGUCUGCCUCUCCAGGGCUGUCACUCCAGAGCAGAAGCAACACGGGGCUGCAGCGGGAGCGAAGGCAGAUUUAGACCUCUCAAGGGCUACCUGCCGAUUUCAGCUGCCGGCCAUGCGAAGUUAGCCCCAUGUCCAUCCUGCUAGCCCAAUACUAGGCAAGCGAGCAAGGGGGGGGGGGGUCGCCCGGAGCUCUGGAUUUGGGGGGGGGGCAGAGAGUGUGUGAGAGAGAGAGGCGAUAGGUUUGGAAGGGAGCAGCAGUCCCCAGAUGCGGGGCUGCAGCAAAGCGCAUCACUUGGGGACAGUGAAACUUCUCCGAUUUGGGGCUGUGUGGGGAAGGGUGGCGGGUGGAGGAGGAGGAGGGCUUGGGAAAGGGGGCCGAUCUCCGCUGCGCGCUGCCUCUUCCCGACGCCCCCUGGCCCCCACCCGUCUCCGCUCACGCCAGCCUUGAUGCCCAGAGGGGCGGGGGGUCAGGGGGAGGAGGAGGAGGAAGAGGAGGAGGACCACCUUCCCCAAGGAAGAGGGUGCGGGCAUUUCCCCCGGGUGCCUCCACAUCUCUUUCGGAUCUCUUUCGCCCGCCCGUCCGCCCGCGCUAUGGUGAUGAUGUGGAGGACCAGAAGUGCAGCCGCCGCCAGCCAGCGUCGCCCGCCAGCGCCAGAGACUUGAUGGAAGAUCUGGCCGGCUUGCGCCUCCCUCGCCCAUGGGAUGGCAUUUCAUAUUGCCACACGAUGCGCUGGAAGGAAUGAAGGUCACUAGCACUCCUGCAGAUGCUUCUUAGAGCUGUCAAAACAGGACCAACAAAGAUGUUUGCAAAGCUCCAUGUGCUUGCGCUGGCUUUAUUUUCCAAAGGAGGCUUCCUUUCUCUAGGUGACCACAACUUUAUGAGGAAAGAAAUUAAGAUUGAAGGAGACCUGGUUUUGGGUGGUCUGUUCCCUAUUAAGGAAAAGGGCAGUGGAGCAGAAGAAUGUGGGAGAAUCAAUGAAGACCGAGGUAUCCAGCGUUUGGAGGCAAUGUUGUUUGCAAUUGAUGAGAUCAACAGAGACAGCUCCUUGCUCCCAGGAAUUAAGCUUGGAGUUCACAUUUUGGACACUUGCUCCCGGGACACGUAUGCAUUAGAACAGUCCCUGGAGUUUGUCAGGGCUUCUUUGACUAAAGUGGAUGAAGCCGAAUAUAUGUGUCCUGAUGGGUCGUAUGCGAUUCAAGAAAACAUCCCACUACUCAUUGCAGGAGUCAUUGGAGGUUCUUACAGCAGCGUCUCCAUACAGGUUGCAAACUUGCUCCGGCUUUUCCAGAUUCCUCAGAUCAGCUACGCCUCGACCAGUGCCAAGCUGAGUGACAAGUCUCGCUAUGACUACUUUGCACGGACGGUGCCGCCUGACUUCUACCAAGCCAAAGCAAUGGCUGAGAUCCUACGGUUCUUUAACUGGACUUACGUGUCAACGGUCGCUUCUGAAGGAGACUAUGGUGAAACAGGCAUUGAAGCAUUUGAGCAAGAGGCACGCCUCCGAAAUAUAUGCAUUGCCACUUCCGAGAAGGUUGGUCGCUCCAAUAUUCGGAAGUCCUAUGACAGCGUUAUCAGAGAGCUGCUCCAGAAACCCAAUGCCAAGGUGGUCGUCCUCUUCAUGCGCAGUGAUGACUCCCGGGAGCUGAUUGCUGCAGCCAACCGAUUCAACGUUUCCUUCACAUGGGUUGCCAGUGAUGGGUGGGGGGCACAGGAAAGCGUUGUGAAGGGCAAUGAGCAUGUUGCCUAUGGCGCAAUAACUCUCGAGCUUGCUUCUCAUCCCGUUAAAGAAUUCGAUCGAUACUUCCAAAGCCUCACCCCUUACACUAACCAUCGCAACCCCUGGUUCAAGGACUUUUGGGAGCAGAAAUUUCAGUGUAGCCUUCAGAACAGGAAACCCCACAGAAAAACGUGUGACAAACAUUUAUCUAUCAACAGUUCCAACUACGAACAAGAGUCUAAGAUCAUGUUUGUGGUGAACGCGGUAUAUGCAAUGGCGCAUGCCCUGCACAAAAUGCAACGGACCAUGUGUCCAAACACAACCAAACUCUGUGAUGCCAUGAAGCAUUUGGAUGGCAAGAAGCUCUACAAAGACUACCUACUGAAAGUCAACUUUACAGCUCCAUUCAGUUCUUCCAAAUCUGCAGACAACACUGUUAAAUUUGAUAUUUACGGUGAUGGGAUAGGCCGAUACAAUGUCUUCAAUUUCCAGCACAAUGGUGGUAAAUAUGCCUACUUAAAGAUCGGCCAGUGGGCAGAAACUUUGACCCUCGAUGUAGACUCCAUCCAAUGGUCCACAGAUGUUGUUCCAACUGCCCAGUGCAGUGACCCCUGCCAACCUAAUGAGAUGAAGAACAUGCAGCCAGGAGAUGUCUGCUGUUGGAUUUGUAUUCCCUGUGAACCUUUCGAGUACCUUGCUGACGAAUUCACCUGCUCAGAUUGUGGACUUGGGCAAUGGCCCUCUACGGAUCUCACCAGCUGUUAUGACUUACCGGAAGAUUACAUCAAGUGGGAAGAUGCCUGGGCCAUAGGUCCUGUGACUAUCGCAUGCCUGGGCUUUGUUUGUACUUUCCUAGUUGUGGGGGUCUUCAUAAAGCACAACAACACUCCUUUGGUCAAAGCUUCAAGCCGUGAGCUUUGCUACAUCCUCCUCUUUGGAGUCUUCCUCUCCUACAGCAUGACCUUCUUCUUUAUUGCCAAGCCCUCGCCAGCCAUUUGCACCUUGCGCCGUCUGGGCCUGGGCACAUCGUUUGCCACGUGCUAUGCUGCCCUCCUGACGAAAACGAACUGCAUUGCCAGAAUAUUCAAUGGGGUGAAGAACGGGGCUCAGAGGCCUAAAUUCAUCAGCCCACGUUCUCAGGUCCUCAUUUGCCUGAGCCUUAUCAUGGUGCAGAUUGUGGUGGUGUCUGUGUGGCUGAUUUUGGAGGCCCCGGGCACUCGUCGAUACACCAUCCCUGAGAAAAGGCAGACUGUCAUAUUGAAGUGCAAUGUCAAGGAUUCUAGUAUGUUGAUCUCCUUAAUGUAUGAUGUGAUCCUUGUAGUCUUAUGCACUGUGUAUGCCUUCAAAACAAGGAAGUGCCCAGAAAACUUCAAUGAAGCCAAAUUUAUUGGCUUUACAAUGUAUACGACAUGCAUUAUUUGGCUGGCCUUUCUGCCAAUCUUUUAUGUGACAUCAAGUGACUACAGGGUUCAGACGACAACCAUGUGCAUCUCCGUAAGUCUCAGCGGCUUUGUUGUCUUGGGGUGUCUGUUUGCCCCCAAAGUGCAUAUUGUCCUCUUCCAGCCACAGAAGAAUGUGGUCACGCACAGGCUGCAUCUCAACAGGUUCAGCGUCAGCGGAACAGGAACCACUUAUUCCCAAGCCUCUGCCAAUGUGUAUGUGCCAACCGUCUGCAAUGGAAGAGAAGUUGUGGAUUCCACCACCUCAUCUCUGUGAUCAUACAGCUGGCGCUGCCAUUCCUAGACAGCUGGGAAGAAUUGCACAUUUCUUGUGGACUCUGGAAAAAGAACAUUUUUUAAAAAAAAAGACUAGCUUUUUUUUCUAGAAACAGUGUAAUAAAUUAUUUUUGAGGACUGUACAGUAUAUAGUGAUGUUCUUUUUAGAACAAAUUUAGAGCCUUCUGUGAUUAACUGUUCUAAGGGAUGUUGCUGUGCCACCAUGUUGACUCCGCAGUGAGCGGAAGGUCGGCUGCCAUGUUUGGUGGCUUUCUUUCUAAUGAGACUUUUUGUAAUUCCUUGUUGUAAUUUACUUAGACCGCAUUUCUAUGUUGUAUAUUAUGGUUACAUUCUGUGCAGCAAAUGGUUUUCACAGCUGUAUUAAUUAAUGUAAAGUUGUCAAUAAUAAAACCUGAAAAGCUUUUCAGCAUAAUUGCCCUUUUCCCCGCUAAGAGGUUACUAAAUUUCUUCCCCAGCAGGUGUAAUGAUAAAUCUGCCUUAACAGAGCAGUUAUUUUAUACUGGUUUUAUUUAUUAUUUUAUUUCAGAAUUUAUAAAUUGCUCUACAUUCAGAGGAUAACAGUUUUACUAACCUGGGUGAUCCUAACCAGCUUACAAAGCUCUUUGUGGAUUCUUCGGGUCUGGUCUACAUAUUAUCAAGGCUGGCCUUUAUUGUAAGGGUGAGGUAUCCCAUUUCAGGUGACAGUUUUGAGGGUUGCAAAUGUCAAUCAUUUAUUUUUAACCACUAGGACAGGUGCUGAGAUUAAAGGACCCCUUCAUUUGGCUCUUUCAAUCUUUUGGCACCAAAAUAUCUUGAGCCAUCAUAUCUGCAGGUUAUGGUCACCAGGGGGAAGCCUCUGUGGAGCAGACUUCAUAGGGUGGCAACUGUCAGCCUGGUGCAGCCAGAGUUCCUUGCCGGUGCAGGUAGUAGUCCACAUGCUUGCACCAUGACACUGAAUACUCACCCAAAAAUGGGGGCAUAUAAUUCACAAAGCUUAGAAGAAUUACCCCCAGAGGUAAAUGGCAACUGCUUUAAAUCUGAGCACAUAAAAGAGGCAGUCAACAGUGAUGGGCUAGUCCUGUUAUUAUGGUAAGGCAACGCUACCUUGCUGGUUAACUUGACAAAUUGAAAUUUUGUGCACCUGAAGGUUUCCACUGAAACAUGUUGAGCAAUUUCCUAUUUUAUUGCUGUUUCCCUAUAUUUGCUAGUACCAUAUUGAGGCUUCCUUGGCAGAGUAAAGGAGUAAAAUAUUGGGGUUCUGCCCAAGAUUAAUCACACUCAAGUAGAUCCACUGAUUUCAAUGGAUUAACUGCAUGUAUAACUUAGUUGGAUUUCACCCAUAAUUAAAUAUUGUAACAUCCUGUCUGUUACUUGAGAUCUACCAGGGAAGCCCUUUUCAUUGUGCGAUUACCAAGCAAGGCUCAGCCUUUUAGAACUCAUAAUAGGGCCUUCUUGGUGAUGGCAUCCCGGAUGUGAAACAUUCUUAUCCUGGAGGUUGGAUCAGCAUCAACACUGUUCAGUUUUGGGUGGCAAGUGAAAACAUUUCAAUUUCCAUCAGACCUUUUGAGUAAACAGAUUUGGCCCAUGUGAAAUGGUGUAUGCUGAGUUUUAUACAGUGAUUCAUUUGCUCUGUAAUUUUGUAUCUGAUUUUAACUUCAUGUAUGUUGUAUGUUGUGGCCCAUCCUGAGAUUGUUUAACAAUGAAGGGUGGGGUAUAAAUUUUUAAAAACAAA